AUGUCGCCGGCGGCGGCGGCGGGUUGUCCCUUCAGCCAUUGCUGCCUCUGGAGUGAGCUGUGCUCGCCGCUGAUCCCGCGCGUCGAUCCCGGCCGGGAGUACGCCUCCAUGCCGACCGACGCGGACGACAGCCCCGCGCGGUCGGUUCUGGUCGGCAUCAUGGCAACGUCAGGGGGUGACCGCUCGCUACGCCUCCAUCGAUUCGGCGUCGCGGGCUCCGGCAGCGUCAUCGGCCGGAGCGGCGGCGCCCUGGAGACCUUGGGCGACGGCUACUACAGACCCAAGACUCCUACGUCACACAUCCGCGCUGCCAGCGGGAGCUCCGACGGCCGCCCCCUCUCGCUCUGCAUCUUCUCCCGGGAAGCUGACUUCUCCGACCCCAAAGUCAGCAAAGUCGCCCCUCCCAUCCCCCUGCAGCUGCAAAUGGACCUCGGCGCCGCCGAUGACAAGGGCAUCACUGUGUCACGUCUGCCGGGCCUACCGCCAGAAGUAGGGCCCCUCAUGCCGACCUGCCCGAGCUCGGCCGCCGGCGAGCUCUGGGCACCGUACCUCACUGGAGUUUAUGGCCAAUCCAGCCUCGUGAUGCAACGCUUUGACAAGGAUGCUGCCAAGUGGGUGAAGGGGUAUGUGGUGAUUGGUGACACAAUCCUAUUAUCGCUCUGGCCAUUUCACCUCUUCUACACAUUCAAUUGCUCUACCUGUGCCUGGGCCGCGGUUGCCACCUCGAAGAAAGAUGGGAUGUGGAUGUACGCUCCAAUCCGUGAACGUGGUGUGUAUGUGGAGGAAGAUGACACGAUCUACUUCUUCUGUGAUGCUGUUGUCUAUGCCUACAAGCUGCGCAAGGACCAGGAUCGGUAUCAGAUGGCGCCGCCUACCACUAUUGGCCGUGUUUGUCCUUUCAGCCAUGAAGGAUAUGGGUUCCUCUCAUAUCUUGGUGGCCGGGUCAUGUGCUCUGUCUGGAUCGGUGUGAAGCUCCCUUGCAAUUGUGAUGCUAAACAUGUGCUAAUCACCACAUUUCGAGUCAAGGGAGAUGGCAGUGAGCACUUCGUCCCCAAAGGUGUGAAAGUCUUGCAUUCCACCUGCCAUCGGUUAGACAUGGCGCCGAGCAAGUCCCUUGAAUCCUACCUUGAGUUCAGCUUCCUACAGGAGUACAAGGAGUUCAAUCACGAGAACGCAACACCCCCUGCAAAAAGGAGGAGAGGUGAUGUAAUGGAAUCCUCAAUGCUGCUGGAGGACAUGGAAGUUCCAGCCAGCUUCAAUGUGGUCAAGUCCUCCAAUAUGCCUGCUUGUUGCAGGUUUGCAAUUUACUGUCUAAAAAUAAACUUUAUUGAGCAAUACAUGUUCCAGUUCGACUUCAUUUUUAAGGGAAACAUCAAUCACAUUGAUUCAACAAGGCCUGUUGGUGUUAAAUUCCGCCUUGUUGUUCUAGUUGGUAUCAAUGUUGUUGCUAUAAGUGGUACUCUCCAAGAUGUCUAUCACUUGUCUCAAGGCAAAUGGAUGUGCCACAAGACAUCUCGGCCUCCUGAUCUAGAUAAGGAGGUCUGUCUGUCUGGAUAUGUAGUGUUGAGUUCUUCUACCUUUAUGGUUUCUGAUGCUGAGGAAAAUCACUGCUUUCUGCAUGACAUAGUUAAUGACAAAUGGACCAUUGUCAAGCCUCUCAAGCCAAGUGGUUGGCCUGUAAGGGCUUGUCUAAGUGAAAGAUGUGUAUUUGCCAAGGGUUUUAUUUACACUUGCUCAGAUUGGGGUCUUGCUGCAUUUGAGUUAGUUGAACAAGGUGGUUCUUAUUACCUUGGCGAGCAGGUAGAUUUGCAGUUUUCAUGGCUGAACUAUUGGGAACGCAACAGAAUGUGCUUGGAGUAUGUUGGUGAAGACACAAGCUCUGGUGCCAUUAUGUUUUGUGUGGCGAAAGAUGAUCAAAUUUGUCAGCCUGGUUAUCCAAGAAAUGAGAAACCUGUACGUAUCACUACUGUCCAGGUGAAGACUGAAGAAAUGCCUGAUGGUAAGCUGAAACCAAAGUCAAUUGGCCAUGUCACUAGUUUUGUUCAGGGGAAUGGAGGGGCAAUUUGGACCCGAGAUUGCUUUGCAGCUGCUGAUAUUCAAGCCUGA